CUCCACGCCUUCCAUCAAAAUCAAAGCUUUCUCUCACUUCCUCGAGAAGAACCGACGCUUUCCUCUCGCUUUCCUUCGAUUUCUCUGUCGGUUUUCCCGAUGGCACGCACGAAGCAGACCGCCCGCAAGUCCACCGGAGGCAAGGCCCCGAGGAAGCAGCUCGCCACCAAGGCCGCCCGGAAGUCCGCUCCAGCCACCGGCGGAGUCAAGAAGCCCCACCGCUUCAGGCCCGGGACCGUGGCACUGAGGGAGAUCAGGAAGUACCAGAAGAGCACGGAGCUGCUGAUCCGGAAGCUGCCAUUCCAGAGGCUGGUGAGGGAGAUCGCCCAGGACUUCAAGACCGACCUGAGGUUCCAGAGCAGCGCCGUCGCGGCCCUCCAGGAGGCCGCCGAGGCUUACCUGGUCGGGCUGUUCGAGGACACGAACCUGUGCGCUAUCCACGCCAAGAGGGUCACCAUCAUGCCCAAGGACAUCCAGCUCGCCCGCAGGAUCAGGGGAGAGAGGGCUUAAGGAUGUUAAUUUUGCUCUCUUCUGCUGCUAGGGCUCUGGCCUUUUUUGUGUUUGCAUAGGUCGUUUAGCUUUUAAAGAUCUCUACUGUGUAAAUCAAUGGGAGCUCAGCUCACUAAUGAAUCAAGUUCUUCAUCUUCAACUUCAA